AUGGCGCAAACUACCAAUUCCACUUCAAGCUCUGGCUCAGAGACUCAUUGGUUCGAGAAUGUAGUUGUACUUGAUCUGGAUCUUGAAGGACAAGAAGUCAAAAAACAACCUGUUGUAGAUGCUCCAUCCACUCCAGCUCGCAUCACCCGUUCUCAAUCUCUUACCCGUCUCGGCAUCCAGCAGAAGUUCACGCACCCAAAUUCGCAUUUGAAGACCACGGACGCUGAUGUUGUUGAUUUUGAUGGUGCUGAUGAUCCUUAUCAACCUCUAAAUUGGCCAUUCAGAAAGAAGCUGAUCACCACAUUUGUCUAUGGCUUGUUUACCAUGACCUCGACCUGGGCAAGUUCUGUAUACAGUCCUGCUAUUGACCAAGUUGCAACUGAAUUUAGAGUUGCUCCUGAGGUCAGUCUACUGGGUGUAAGUUUCUUAUUGCUAGGAUUUGGAUUUGGUCCUCUGCUAUGGGCUCCUCUUUCUGAAAUUUAUGGCAGAAAGGCUGCAGUCUUAACCCCAGUUUUCAUCUCGGCAUGUUUUUCAUUCGGUUCCGCCACAGCAAAAGACAUCCAGACGCUGCUCUUGACACGAUUCUUUGCUGGUAUCUUCGGAGCUGCUCCUGUAACAAACACUGGCGGCGUUCUAUCUGACAUCUGGGCACCCCAAUCGCGAGGAACAGCUAUCGUCGGCUAUGCAUUUGCUGUUGUUGGUGGUCCAACCAUAGGUCCCAUUGUGGGAGGAGCCAUCACAUCGAGCUAUCUAGGAUGGAGAUGGACAGAAUAUAUAACCGGAAUCAUGCAAAUGGCAGUCUUACUCCUUGGUGCUCUUGUCCUCAACGAAACCUAUCCAGACGCACUCCUGGUCGCCAAGGCACGUCGUCUCCGUCACGAUACUGGAAACUGGGCUCUACAUGCUAGACACGAAGAGCGCAGUUUCAGCUUUAGAGAGAUGGCAAUAAGUUCUUGA